CCAUCCAUUCAUCCUGGAAACUGCUCCUCUCGUCUUCUCUCAGCUCACAAAGGCUCAUUUCUUCUUAGGCCCACUCUCCUCUCCACCUGUCUCUGGCUCCUCAUCUUUUUCUGUCUUUUGUCUCUCCUCUCACCUGGAACCUGGGCCUGAGAGCUGAAGGUGUGGCUCCUCUCACUGUGUUAGCUUAGCCAGCCUUUAAUCCCUGAACCUUCUCAUCAAACACGGUCAGGUCACGGUCGAGCACGGUCAGUCCACGGUUAAAUACAGUCUUUCUGCGUGUGGUGGAAGGCGUUCACAUACUGAGGUGAACCUGACAGCAUGAAGAAAAUGUACAGCAUGUUCAACCUGAACAAAACCAAGGAAGAGGAGGCAGUUCAGUCCAUCUGUAUCAAGUUUGGAGGAAUUUGAAGGUAGUUUCUGGAGCCAUCGCUAACUAGCAUUAGCGCAAUACUGGAAGUCUACAGGAACAGCUUGCGUGUUGUCGAAUCCAUGAGUUCAUCUGACUCUGGCAAAUCCAGUUUGCUGAUCAGAAGCGGGAUUUUAACAAACGUCUUAGUAAGACCGGUCGUCGCUCCCGUUCUUUCUCCCAGUCCUCCACAGUUAACUACAACUCAGACUGUUCAGAGGAUGCGACGUCUCCAAGAGACAGGCAGCAGAGGAGCUCUAAGGGACAUCAAGACUUCUGCAUCAAGAACAUCAGACAGGCCGGCUUAGGACGCAGGGAGAUAGCGAUCGCUGAGCAAGAGAUGCCAGCUCUGAUGGCCCUGAGAAAGAGAGCAGAGGGAGAGAAGCCACUGGCUGGAGCUAAAGUAGUGGGCUGCACUCACAUCACCGCUCACACAGCCGUGUUGAUGGAGACUCUGUCUGCGUUGGGGGCUCAGUGUCGCUGGGCAGCCUGUAACAUCUACUCCACCCAGAAUGCUGCAGCUGCAGCUCUGGCUGAGGAAGGCUUCCCUGUGUUUGCGUGGAAGGGGGAGUCGGAGGAUGACUUCUGGUGGUGUAUUGACCAUUGUGUUAGCCUGGAGGCCUGGCAGCCCAAUAUGAUCCUGGAUGAUGGGGGAGACCUGACCCACUGGAUCGAUAAGAAAUACCCCAACAUAUUCAAGAUGAUGAAGGGCAUCGUGGAGGAGAGCGUCACAGGAGUUCACAGGCUGUGCCAGCUGUCCAAGGCAGGGAGGCUGUGUGUUCCUGCUAUGAACAUCAAUGACUCAGUCACCAAACAGAAGUUUGACAACCUCUACUGCUGCAGGGAGUCCAUACUGGACGGGUUGAAACGGUUGACAGAUGUGAUGUUUGGGGGAAAGCAGGUGGUGGUGUGUGGCUAUGGAGAAGUUGGAAAAGGUUGCUCUGCCGCUCUGAAGGCCAUGGGAUCAAUAGUGUACAUCACAGAGGUCGACCCCAUAUGUGCCCUGCAGGCCUGCAUGGACUGCUUCAGACUGGUCAAGCUCAAUGAUGUCAUCAGACAGGUGGACUUGGUCAUCACCUGCACGGGCAACAAGAACGUGGUGGGAAGAGAUUAUCUGGACAGAAUGAAGAACGGCUGCAUCGUCUGUAACAUGGGUCACUCCAACACUGAGAUAGACGUGGCGAGUCUGCGGAGCCCAGAGUUGACCUGGGAGAGAGUGAGGUCACAGGUGGACCAUGUCAUCUGGCCAGAUGGCAAGAGAAUUAUCUUACUGGCUGAGGGUCAUCUGUUGAAUCUGAGCUGCUCCACGGUACCCACGUUCAUUCUCUCCAUCACCGCCACCACACAGGCGCUGGCUCUGAUUGAGCUGUACAAUGCCCCAGAGGGACGAUACAAUAAAGACGUCUACCUCCUGCCAAAGAAGAUGGACGAGUUUGUGGCCGGACUCCACCUGCCAACAUUUGACGCCCACCUCACAGAGCUGACUGAUGAGCAGGCCAAAUACCUCGGCCUCACCAAGACUGGACCCUUCAAACCAAACUACUACAGGUACUAAUCCAUGGAAUUGAAGAUCAAAGAUACACCAGAGCACCCCAAAGACAUGUGGCUCAGAGGAAGCGAGGACCAGGGAGACCUGGCUCAGAUUUGUGUAUGUGGGGCAACUGUAGCCCAGCGCUGAGGUGUAACACCCCAACCAUGACGGUCUGACUGACCUUUAACCCCUGACCUCUGACCCCUGCUGAGCCAUCUGACCCAUAGAGAUAAAUAGAGGACUCUAGUGCCCAAAAGCCUGGGUUUGGAGGAGGUGUACGUCAACAUGUAAUAGAGAAACACAGAUUAUCUACUUUUUCAUAGACUUAACUUUCAGUUACAAAUCUUCUCAAAGAUACAGUAUCUAAACAAUGUUUUAACUUUCUGAAUGUAAAUAAAAGCAGAUAAGCAAUAACCAAAAGGUAAAAGAUUAAUAAAAUGUAACAUUUU